ACAGCUCGAUUCAACACAGAGCUGAGCUCUCUCUGAAUCCAGAUCUGAAAAACCCAAAACAAUGGCGUCAGAAAACAACGGAUUCAGUUCCGAAGCCGUCACCGCCGUUGAAAUGCCGCCGUCUCAGCCGAGGAAGGUAGCUCUGAUCACCGGAAUCACCGGCCAAGACGGAUCGUAUCUGACGGAGUUCCUUCUCAAAAAAGGCUACGAAGUCCACGGGCUGAUCCGUCGAUCGUCCAAUUUCAACACCCAGCGGAUCAACCACAUCUACAUCGAUCCACACAAUGUCGACAAAGCUCUGAUGAAGCUCCACUACGCUGAUCUCACCGACGCUUCGUCCCUUCGCCGUUGGCUCGAUGUGAUCAAGCCUGACGAGGUCUACAACCUAGCUGCUCAAUCUCACGUCGCUGUCUCCUUCGAGAUCCCUGAUUACACGGCCGAUGUAGUCGCCACCGGUGCUCUCCGUCUCCUUGAAGCCGUCAGAUCUUACACCAUCGACAGUGGCCGGACCAUCAAGUACUACCAAGCCGGAUCUUCGGAGAUGUUCGGGUCAACUCCACCUCCACAAUCUGAGACGACGCCGUUUCAUCCCAGAUCUCCUUACGCGGUUUCCAAAUGCGCUGCUCAUUGGUACACUGUGAAUUACCGGGAAGCGUACGGUCUCUUCGCCUGUAACGGAAUCUUGUUCAAUCACGAGUCACCGCGCCGUGGUGAGAACUUCGUGACCAGGAAGAUCACAAGAGCCUUGGGAAGGAUCAAGGUUGGUCUGCAGAGGAAGCUCUUCCUUGGGAAUUUGCAGGCGGCAAGGGACUGGGGAUUCGCAGGGGACUAUGUGGAGGCAAUGUGGUUGAUGCUGCAGCAAGAGAAGCCAGACGAUUACGUUGUUGCAACAGAGGAAGCACACACAGUGGAAGAGUUUCUUGAGGUGUCAUUUGGGUACUUGGGACUCAAUUGGAGAGACCAUGUUGAGAUUGACCAGAGGUACUUUAGGCCAGCUGAAGUAGAUAACCUCAAAGGAGAUGCUAGCAAGGCAAAGGAAGUCUUGGGGUGGACACCACAAGUAGGGUUUGAGAAGCUUGUGAAGAUGAUGGUUGAUGAAGAUCUUGAGCUUGCUAAGCGGGAGAAAGUGCUUGCUGAUGCUGGUUACAUGGAUGCUCAGCAGCAACCUUGAUUUGAUCAAAAAAAUAUACAAAGAGGAGGGGUUUACAUUAAUCAGUUACAUUUCGUUUUUUUUUGCUUUGAUGAUUAUUUGUUGUUUUUUCUUUUUUUUUCCGAUGUUUUAGUUUCUUUGUUGCUUUUUAAGUUAUCCAAUUUGCUUUCCCCUCAAAUGAGUUGAGGAUAUAGCGCAGUGAAUUUUGUAUGAAAGGGCGAAAAGAAUCUUUUAUAAAACAGUAUUGUUACCUCUCUUCUUCUC